ACUCUCUCUCCAAAGAAACCGAUGUCGGAAGAGAUACAAGAACACCCCCCAACAGCUCCGCCGCCGCCGCCGCGGAAGGGUGGUCUCAUCAGCCUCCGGAGGCAGCUGUUUUUGGCCGGCGUCAUGGUUUUUUUGGCGGUGAAGGGCCUCGCCGGCGUCGAAGAAAUCGCGUUUGUGGUGUUUAGUUAUGUUUACUUAUACAUCUUCCUCUCGAGAUUCGCAUUUCCUCCCAGGAAAAAUGAGCAGAGGCGAAGAUUCUCAAACCCUAACGCCAAGCUUUUCCGAGCUUACUUCCUCGCCACGGCUGUUUUUGGCUUGAUAUUUCCGAUCUGUUACAUCGGAGAUGGAAUAUUCCGGGGGGAUCUGGAAGGGGCAAGAGCAGCAUCUAAGCAUCUCUUCCUCCUCUGCGGCCAAUCCUUCAUGGAACCGAUAGGUUUUUCCGACAAGUUCUCUAUGCCCAUUGGAAUUCUUGGACCUGUCUUCUCCAACGCUCGCCGUGUCUUCGCCCUCUUGGAUUGGAUUAGGGCCGAGUUCUCGCCGUCGGCCACUGAACGGCCCGGUGGUCCGAUGAGGGUCUACGGUGGAAGAGCCCUUGCUUCGGCCAACAUCUUAAUAUGGUCCUUCAAUCUGUUUGGUCUCUUGUUGCCUGUUUUUCUCCCGAGAGCCUGUGAGAUUUACUUCUCUGCUGAUAAAAUUGAUUGAUGGUACCAUCCUCAGAUGUACACACACACACACAUAUAUGUAUACACAUAUACAUGUAACAUGUAUGUGCUUGUUCUUAUGGGUUGUGUUUAAUGCCAUACUAUAAGCAUUCGUA